AUGAAGGAAUAUAUCGCCAAUCUUCCGACACUUACAACUCCCGAACCUAAGGAAACACUUUUUGUGUACCUAGCAGCCUCCGCUGAAUGUGUAAGCGCUGUGCUGAUAGCCGAACGCGAAAGACAGCAAAUACCGAUCUAUUUCGUGAGUAGAGUUUUACAGGGAGCUGAAGUCAAUUAUCCAGGACUGGAAAAAUUAGCCCUUGCAUUGGUCCAUGCGGCACGAAGGUUACGAAGGUACUUUCAGGCCCAUCCAAUUGUCGUGUUAUCUGACAAACCUAUAAGACAAAUACUGCUGAAGCCCGAAAAGUCAGGAAGAGUAGCCAAAUGGGCUAUUGAAUUAGGAGAACAUGACAUAGAAUUUAGAGCACGACACGCAAUCAAAGGGCAGGUGCUAGCAGAUUUCAUUAGUGAAGUACAUGAAGGAAAGAAUUCCAUGACGCAAUCCGUGUCGUUGGAAGUAUUGGGGAAUGUUGAAAAUGAUUCAUGGAAACUGUACACCGACGGAGCGGCUAGCUCCGACGGCUGUGGGGCCGGACUCAUGUUAAUUAGCCCAGAAGAAAAAGAAUUUAUUUAUGCGUUAAGAUUUGAGUUCGAGGUAACCAAUAACGAAGCUGAGUAUGAGGCAUUACUAGCAGGCCUUCGCAUCGCAAGAGAUAUGAAGAUACGGAACAUACAAGUGUACGUCGACUCCCAACUGGUAGCAUGCCAAGUCAAAGGAACGUACGAAGCUAAGCAAGGUACUACAAAGUUAUACCUACAGAAGGUACAGGAAUUAAUAGAAUAUUUCAGUCACUUUGAAAUUGAGCAUAUAAGAAGAAAUCAAAAUAAAAAGGCAAAUGCCUUGAGCAAGCUAGCUUCCCUCACGUUCGGGCACUUAGGGAAACAAGUGUUGGUAGAAGUUCUGAAAGAAAGGUCGAUCGAAGAAAGACAAGUGUCAGAUCUCGUGGAAGAAGAAGGCACCACGUGGAUGACCCCCAUCUACGAGUAUUUAAUCAGUGGGAUACUCCCAGCAGACAAGGACGAAGCCCGAAAGACAAGGGUCAAGGCCCCACAAUACAAAAUAAUGGACAAGAAACUGUAUAAGAAAGGCUUUGUAACACCUUGGCUUCUUUGCAUAGGGCCUAAGCAGGCAGAAAUGAUUAUUCGGGAAAUACACAAAGGAAUUUGUGGCGCUCAUUCGGGAGCGAGGUCCGUCGCAACGAAGGCCAUGCGUCUCGGGUACUUCUGGCCGACUAUGCAUCAAGAUUCCACCGCCCUACUAAAGAACUGCGAAGCCUGCCAACUUCGUGCCAACGUGCCAAGACAACCGAAGAACGACAUGAUCUCGGUAACUGCAGCAUAG